GAAGUUAUUUACUUCGAGGCUGUGCUGUCGUCAAAGCAAGAUGGCAGCUAUGUUGUCAUCAUUACUACUAUUCUUCCUGACAAUAUCAGUCUCGUGGCAACCAGCCUUUUGUAAACCAUCUCAAGGUGUUUGGGACUUCACUAUAGAUAAAGAAAAUACAAUAUUGUACCUUACCAAAAGUGCUUUUACAGAUACACAGCUAUCAGUUUCUAUAACUUGUGAAAAUGAUCAAGAGGUGGAUUUACAGAUUCUUUGGUUCUUUGGGAGACAACGUUGUGCGAAUGUAGUUUGGAAUCAGAAUGAAACAGAAGUUCUAACUAAAAAAUUCAGUGGCGUACUCUCUAACGUUGCCAUUAGUUCUUGGUUCUCACACUAUGCUUACAAGUUGGAAUCAUUUCAUUGCACCAAAAAUAAACACAUAACAUUACAUCCUGCCAAUGUCACUGUGGAAGAAGAUUCUACAACCAAACAGAAUACAAAAGAGCCAGGAAAGGAAACCAAAGGAGCAUCCACAUUGUCCCAAGAAGAGGGGACUAAGAAAACAGACUCAGGGGGGGAAAAAAAUGAAAAUGCCAAUAGAAGAAAACGAGACACUCAAGUUUCUGAGACAGAUAAACCAAAAGUUGAAACCCCCAAAAAUGAUCCAGCUGUAAUACCAGCAGGUGAUAAAAUUGAUCAUGAUGCAAGACAGUUAAUUAAAGCUUGGACGGAUGGCUAUUAUAUGUUUUUUAUCAAAUUCUUACCAGCAAAUUCUACAUCUUUACCAGAUGAUUUGAAUAUUAAAGUUAACAUCAGAUUUAGCUAUGGGGACAGCUAUCUUGCUGCAGUCGACUGGCCACUAUUAUUUUUUUAUGGAAUCAUGGGAUUGGUUUACAUUGGCUUUGGGCUCAUGUGGCUUAUUAUGCUGGCUUGUAAUUGGCGUGAUUUACUCAGAGUUCAGUUCUGGAUUGGCGGAGUCAUUCUCCUUGUCAUCUUUGCAGGUAUGCUUGAGAAGGCUGUAUUUUUUGCGGAAUAUGAGAAUAUCAACAAGACUGGCCAAUCUGUGAAAGGGGCCAUAAUUUUUGCUGAGCUUGUGUCCUGCUUGAAGAGAACACUAGCCAGGAUGCUGGUCAUCAUUGUCAGCCUUGGUUAUGGUAUUGUAAAACCAAGACUUGGGCAAACAUUCCAUAAAAUUCUUGCAGUUGGACUGAUAUUCUUUAUAUUGGCUUCUAUUGAAGGCUGCAUGAGAGUUUUAACUGAGAAAACAGACCAAUCCAAACAGCAACUUCUACCUGGUGUUCCCCUGGCAGUUACUGAUGCUCUUAUUUUCUUUUGGAUAUUCACUUCCUUGCUGCAGACUACCAGAACUCUUCGACUGCGGAGAAAUGUUGUAAAACUGUCUCUUUACAGACAUUUUACUAAUACUCUUAUUUUUGCCGUAUUAGCCUCUAUAGCCUACAUGAUCUGGUCUCUGACUCAGCACAAAUUUAAAGAAUGUCUUUCAGACUGGAAAGAACUUUGGUUGGAUGAUGCCUUUUGGCACCUUCUCUUUUCUAGUAUUCUCUUUGUCAUCAUGAUCUUGUGGCGGCCAACGGUAAACAAUCAAAGAUAUGCCUUUUCCCCAUUGUUGGAUGCUGCUGAGGAUGAACUUGAGGAUGACCCCCAAUUAAGUGAAGCCUAUGAUGGCAUGAAAAUGAGAUCCAAACCACAGAGAAAUGGAGGUCCGAAUGCUAAUGAGGAUGGCAAAAAUUUGAAACAGGAAGAUGACUUGAAGUGGGUGGAGGAGAACAUACCAACAUCAUUUGCAGACAAAUUGCUUCCAUCCCUUGAUUCAGAUGAAGAGAUUAUGAAUACAAAGUUUGAAGUUUCCAAAAUGGAAUAAUCUCCAGUCACACUGUUACAAACAAAAAGGUUUAAAUUAAGAAUCCAGGUUUACUCUUGAUCCAAACCAUUCCUCCAGGUGAAAAAAAACAAAUUGUUUCUCAGAGCAUUGGUGUCUUCUCAAAAAUAAAUGACAAAUUUUCAAUGGAUGUAAUAUUGUAUGUACAUACAAACUUUAUUAAUGUGAUAGAAAGUUGUUUUUUUUUUCUUUUGCAUGAAUGUGAUAAUAAGUGUUUUUUUUUCUUUUGCUUGUCAGUCUUUAAAUGUUCAGAUUUGUGUGUGAGAUUCUUUUGAAUGAAUGCUGUUGCUUGUCUUGUUCUUUUUUUUUUUUAAAUAUUUGUUUCUUAUUAAUUAUUAAAUAGUGAAUGAAUUUAUUUUUUUGAAAAAAAAAUUAUUUUAGUAACUAUCACCAUCCUUGGUGGGUAAAGUGAAACUGUAAUCUUUCUUUAUUGUUAUACUUUUUGAACUUUCACAACCACUCUUCCUGUGAACAUGGUAAAGUACUGAAUGCAAGACUUACCCCAGAGUAUCUUGUGAUUGGUGGAGAUGUAACAAGUUUGAAAAGAAUACAUUCACCAUUGGGCUGUUUCAGUCUUGAUAAAGAGUUGAGGAUUUGUAUGGUAUACAGUUUUAAGUCUCCUAUUUAUGUGAUUCUUAUCAUUGAAUCCUUAGAUUUGGAUUAAAUCAUCGCUUCAUUCACCUUGUGACUUCCUUCCUUGAUUCAUUUUCAUCUGAUUUAUAUUUGUGUUUAUGGUGAAUUAAUUUUCUCAUUUUGUAUAUUAUCACAGUCAUCUUUUUCAAUCAGUGGUUGAUGGAAAUAUUUGUACAGUCCAAAUACAAUCCUUUACCAGUACUAUGAUGUUUGAUAUCUGACCUAUAUAUUUUGUUGAGUUUGUUCUUGGCCUGAAACAGAAUAUUCUUUGCACUGAUAGUCAUUAAAUUAUAACAAUUGGCAAGGCACCUUUUGUUUUGUUUUUCAAUAAGUAAUGAUGUACUGGUAUUCAUUUGUUCAAAGAAAUGUCUAAUUUGAGCAAACAUUGGAGCGACUUUUCCACUAUACAUAACCAAUACUAUUAGGACUCCAGAUGGUACCGAUUCAAAGCUUUCAAAUACCAGUAAUUGUGUGUUCAACUCAAAGUUGACCAGGCUGAUUUCACAGAAAAGAUUCAACGUGAAAUUUGAUGACACUUGAUCAUAUGUUUUUUUUUUUCUGCUGUUCUGGGUGUCAGUAACAUCUAAAUUGCUUACAAAUUGAGUGAAUGACUGUUUUCAUUGAAGUGGGAUUUACAUUGUGUUGCUGUGCUCAAAAUGAUCUUUUUUUUUUUUUUUUUUUUCAAAUCAAUCCUCCUUGGGUGACAUUUGUCUUUUUAUGUCUGUUGUAACAUAUUCCUUUUAGACUACAUGCUUUUUACCUUUGCUAACCUACCAUAAAAUGAUAUUUGACUCAUCAUGUUAUAUAUUAAUUUUUUUUUUUUCGUCAUGUAUAUUUGUUUUCACCUUAAGUUAUACAUUGUUAAUGUUGCUUUAAAGACAAAAAGAAAUCUGAUGAAAAAGGCUUGCUAUGUAGAUGAGCUUUUUAUUUUGCUUUAAUAUUGAUUUUCUCACAGCAUUGAUUGAAUACAAUUUCUUUCUCUUGAUUCUUUUCUAGGAAAUUAUCAUUCCUGGUUUUCUCUCAAACAGGUGGGCUUGGGGUGCUAAAAGAUUUAUCAUUGAUGACAAAUUAAAUCUUUUUAACUCUUAAUGCAAAGGCCAAUGUGACUAUGGUCUACAUAUGUUGCAGUAACUACAGCAGAGCAUUGUGCUCGCUACUAGAUAGAUUCAGGCUCUACAGUUAAUCAACAAAAUUUCAACAUUGAGAUGUAUGAUUUUUUUUUUAUCAAUUACAUUUUGUAAGCAAAUAUUUAGCAUAUUGUAAUGGAUCUUACUUUAUAAAUUAUGACUUAUUAUUUUAAUUGUGGGGUGUGUUUAAUUGAUAAUAUUGGAAGAAUAAAAACACAUUUAUUACCUAA